AUGAUGUUUCACACAUUCACUGCGCUGUUUAUCACGGCGACAUGUGUGUCGUGCUCAAGAGCUUCCGCUGCCGCAGCAGCCGUCACAGAUGCAGAGCCUGCAGCUACCAGCGGUUCCACAUCCCGUUGUACGUUACUGCAACAACUACUAGGCGUAGGACGCAGCGUAAAUUUUACGAAGAGAUAUGUAAAGGAGCUCGUGGAUCAAUCGGUGCGGGCUGAACAGGAAUGCACUUAUUACCUCUGGACGGCGAGAGGUAACAUCACAUUUUCCUCCAAAGUGCUCUACGACGGUCGAAGAAGCCGCGGGAGUAGCAACGUAUACGUUAAACUCGCAGAGAGAGCUUUUGAAGAAGCUAAGUUGGAUCAUGAAAUUCUGAGAGAAACUGUGUAUAGCGUGGAACGGAAUUUGUUGGUGAUUAGGUCGCAAAGCGCCGAGAUGAACCGCAACGGAUAUGAAGCCGUUAAGGAAAGCAAAAAAGCCGUAGCCAAAUUGGUGCGCUCCGCGAAUCGUUAUAUGGGGAGAUAUCAUGGAGGCGAUGACGACAUUUCGGAGACAUGUAAAUUAGCCCCAGCAUCUGGCGUCACAUUCGCCUCGUUAGAGCAUGCCAUGCGGAACAUUACUGACGAAAUGGUCGAUUCAGAUGCUCUGGAAGGGGCGAGAAAAGUGUUCCGCUCGCUCGUGGAAGUGGAAGAGGCUAGAAAGAAAGCAAUGCGAGUGGCUCAAGAGAUAAAAGAGGGAAAACAGUUGGCACAGGGAGCGGAGGCGAGAGUUGCGGGACAUGCCAACGCUGUCUUUAGUGUGAUGCGCACCAGUAAACAGAGCAUGACAAUUAACCAUUCCAGGGGCGGAACGAACGCAUCUCAAUUCCUUUGGAAUUGGAUUAAAUUCCUUUUGUUGUCGCUGAUUAGUGCCGCGGCCCCAUAA